AUGCGAUUAUUGUUGGACACAACUUCUCGCAUUCUUGCUCGUAGCGUUUUCGGCGGAGCUGCGGCGCAGACGAAAAACUUUUGUCGGCUUUUCGCGCGCGUCGCCAUCGCUGACAACGAAUUUCAAGAAAAUCGUAAAAAACGUUUGUUUUCACAGAAGGAGCCGUUGAUCGAUCAGAAGUUUGCUUUUCAACAACAUAUCAAGACAAAACCAGCAGGAAACAUGAGAGAUAACGGAUAGUGAGUGGAAAAUUUGGAGAAGAAUUGGAAAUCGAAAGAUUUGUGAUAUACUAUUCGAUAGAGGAAGUUAAAUUAAAUCAGAAUACUAUAUUUGGACAUCGACUAAAUGACAUUUUCAUGUUUUUUAAGCAAAUGAGUUUAAAUAUUGGGUUGUAAUGUUACGCAUAUGAUAGAAUGGUCUAAGACGAACAUAAUGAUAUAAAUUUUGAUGAAUUUACCUUAUCCAUAAGUGAUUUAGCGAGCUUAUCGACCAAAUAUAGCCUAAACGUCGCUAAAUCACUUAAGGAUAACGUAAAGUCAUCAAAAUGUAUAUCAUUCUGUUCGUCUUAGACCAUUCUAUCAUAUGAAUAACAUUACAACCCAAUAUUUCAACUCAUUUGCUUAAAAAACAUGAAAAUGUCAUUUAGUCGAUGUCCAACUAUAGUAUUCUGAUUUAAUUUAACUUCCUCUAUGGAAUUGUGUAUCACAAAUCUGUAGAUCUUCAAUUGUUCCACCUUUUUUGUUCAAGUUUCAACUAAUUCUGAUUUUUUUCCAGUUCAAACGGCGGUUCAUACGGAGGAGGUCGUGGCGGUGGAUAUGGCGGCGGCGGUGGCGGAGGCUACGGAGGUGGAAGUCGCGGAGGAUUCGGAGGCGGAGGCUACGGUGGUGGCGGAUACGGAGGAGGUGGCGGUGGCUACGGAGGAGGCCGUGGUGGAGGUUUCGGCGGUGGCCGUGGAGGAGGUCGCGGUGGCGGAAGCAGCGGUUCAGCCGGUGGAAAACUUCGCACAAUCGAUUGGAGCAGAGAGAAUUUGGUGCCAAUUCAAAAGGAUUUCUACCACGAAAAUGCGGCAGUUUCGCGCCGAGAUCAAUACGAGAUCGAUCAAUGGAUCGCGUCGAAUCAAGUCACUCUCGAAGGAUCGGGAAUUCCAAGACCAGUCUUUGAAUUCAAUGAAGCUCCAUAUCCAGGACAAAUUCAUGAAUUGCUCUACGCCAAAUUCCAAAAACCAACAGUUAUUCAAGGAAUCUCAUGGCCAAUUGCGAUGAGUGGACGAGAUAUCAUCUCAAUCGCCAAAACUGGUUCAGGAAAAACAUUGGCUUUCAUGCUCCCAGCUUUGGUUCAUAUCACCAAACAAACACCACGCAAACGCGGUGAAGGACCGUCAGUUUUGGUGAUGUUGCCAACUAGAGAACUCGCCCAACAAGUUCAGGAAGUAUCGAUCGAUUUUUGCAAAGGAAUCGGUCUCUCAAUGACCUGUCUCUUUGGUGGAGCUUCAAAAGGACCACAAGCUCGUGAUUUGGAACGGGGAGUUGAUAUUGUUGUCGCGACACCUGGAAGACUUUUGGAUUUCUUGGAGAACGGCACCACUACAAUGAAACGUUGCUCAUAUUUGGUGCUCGAUGAAGCCGAUCGUAUGCUUGACAUGGGUUUUGAACCGCAAAUUCGUAAGAUCAUCGGACAAAUUCGACCGGAUCGACAAACUUUGAUGUUCUCUGCGACUUGGCCAAAAGAAGUUCGAAAUUUGGCUGCAGAUUUCCAAAAAGAUGCGGCGUUCUUGAAUGUUGGAUCACUUGAAUUGGCUGCUAAUCACAAUAUUACACAAGUUGUUGAUGUUAUUGAUGAGGGAGCGAAACAACAGAGAAUGAUGGGAUUGUUGAAUGAUAUUAUGAAUCAGGUUGGUAGAAAUUUAUGAAAAUAAGCUGAAUUUUCGAUUUUUUCACUCAAAAAUCUAGAUUUCCCUUUAUUUUGUUCCUAAAAUUGCUCGACUGAAGGUUUCAAAGCUCUUUUUGACUAUUUUUCACAUGUCAAGCUGAAAAAUUGGAAAAUUUCUUUGAAAUUUUGAAAAUAGUAUGAAUAACUGCUAAAUUUUCGAUUUUCUAACUCAAAAAUCUUGAUUUUCCGGUUUCCCAGCUCUUUUUGACCAUUUUUCACAUGCCCAGCUGAAAAAUUCAACUUUCCCAAUUCUCAAAACUCAAAAAUGCUCCAGACCUCCUCUAGCCUCAAUUUUCCGGUUCUGAAACCGAAAAAUUGCACAAGAGCUCAAAUUUUCAGUCUAGACUGGAUUUUUAUAAGCUCCCCGAAGUUGGGAAUUUCUUGAGAACUUAUGAAAAUCCUGUCUAGACUGGAAAAUUGAGCUCUUGUGCAAUUUUUCGGUUUCAAAACCGGAAAAUUGAGGCUGGAAGAGUUCUGGAGCAUUUUUGAGUUGUGAGAAUUGGGAAAGUUGGGUUUUCCAGCUUGGAGUGUGAAAAAUGGACCAUUUUAAAUGGUUUCAGAGUUGGGUAAUUGCAAAAUGAAAGUUCAAAGGGUAAAACUGGGCUCCAAGUACUCAAAAUUAGGAAAUUUUAUCCAAAAAAAACAUGACAAAUAUCUAUUUAUCCUCUGAAAAUCUCUAAUUUUUCAGCCUGAAUGCAAAACCAUCAUCUUCGUCGAAACCAAACGCAAAGCCGACGAAUUGACACGCGCAAUGCGUCGCGACGGUUGGCCAACUCUUUGCAUUCACGGAGACAAAGCUCAAGGAGAACGUGAUUGGGUGCUCGGCGAGUUCAAACAAGGAAAAACACCGAUUCUUCUCGCCACAGAUGUCGCCGCUCGUGGUUUGGGUGAGUUUAGGCUAACUUCUUGCUCAAAGAAGGAGACUGUGAGAAAAGACUGUGAAAAGGGGUCGAAUACCAAUGAUUGUCACAUGCAAAAUAAUGAGAAUUAGAAUUCAGGAGAAGAUUAGAUUUUUUGGAGCAUUUUUUCAAUGUAAAAUGCUCCGGAAAUUGUGUGUGAUGAUGUUUUUCAAUGACUAAUAUUUGACCCUUUGCAGCAGCAAUAGUGAGCUGAACUCCUGGACCGUGAGAAGUUGGAAUACUGUGAAAGAAAUCGCACAUGAUAAAUGGAUGGAUGAUGGGGCCCAGGAGGGGCUUUGUUAAGCCCAAACCGGCCCCACUUUGAAAUACCCAUCUGAAGACGCGUCGUACGAGAAAGAGGCUCGGAGGCUCUUUUUCGGUUUGAUGUCGCGUCGAUUCGUGCAUUCUCUCCACUCAUAUCCAUCUCUUUUUGUGGUGUCAGCUGUUCAAUUUUGCUCUGGGCUUCUUCCCUCCCUAAGGGUUUUAACGGGCCAAAAAUAUCAGGUGCGUAAGUGGUCUUUGCUAAUUUUUUUCGCGGUUUUGCCUUGGCUUUUGGUUUCCCACGGUGAUAUUGAACAAGUGAAGACCACUUUUGAAAUCCUGAUUUUUAAAUUUUCAAAGCAUUCACAAAAAGGGCAAAAUGUUCGUAUAAAAGUGCAUGUAAACUUCACAAGAGUGCAAUUUUCACCUCCAAAGUGCAAUAACUUUUUUCCGAAGCAGCUGAGAACAUCGAUAGAAUUAAUAGGCUCAGAAAGUUAUUAUUUUCGAACGAAAAAAAUCCAUUUUUACUCGGUUUAGCCUUAAAUUUAGAGAAAAAACUAAGAAAAUGCCUAAAUUUCUGAAAAUAGACCUUUCGAGCUCAAAAAUUCGUUAAUUUUCAGCACAUAAUUCCUUUGAUUUUUCUUUCAUUGAAAUGAAUGUGAAAAUUGAAUUCUGUGCUGAAAAUUAACGAAUUUUUGAACUCGAAAGGAGUAUUUUUGAUUAUUUAGGCGUAUUUUAGUCCCAAUUAAUUUUGAGGCAUUUUUUGGUCUUUUUCUCUAACAUUUUAUGCUAAACGGAGUUAGAAUGGAUUUUUUUCGUUCAAAAAUAAUAACUUUUUGAGCUCAUUAAUUCUAUUGAUUUUCUCAGCUGCUCCGCAAAAAAGUUGUUUCACUUUCGAGGUGAAAAUUGCACUCUUUUGAAGUUUACAUGCACUUUUAUACGAACAUUUUGCCCUUUUUGCGGAAAGUGCUAAUGCACUAGAAAAAAGUGCAAAAUGCGAGAAAAAGUGCAACAACAAAUAUGUUUCAUUCAUUCCACUCUUCUUCACUUGUUCAAUUUUUCGCCGUGGGAUGAUGGAAAAAAAUUGAUUUUUGCGUUUUCCCCUGCUUUUCUCGUUGACUUUGAAAAAUUGUUCGUUUUUUAGAUGUUGACGACAUUAAAUAUGUUAUCAAUUAUGACUAUCCAAACAAUUCCGAAGAUUAUGUGCACAGAAUUGGACGAACUGGAAGACGUGAUAAGAAGGUGAGGAUUUUGGGGUGGAAAUUUGGAAAAUUUUGCUGAAAAUGUGAAUUUUGAACUUGAAUUUCACAUUCAAAAAUUAAGAAUCUUAAAAUCUUGAAAAACGGACCUAGAAAUUUGAAAAACAAUCUACAGUCCGUAUUUUUGAGCUUGAGAGCUUAAAAAUGACCUAGAAAUCUGAAAAAUAGCCAAAAGCUCAUACUUUUGAGCUUGUUAGCUCUGAAAUGACCUAGAAAUCUUAAAAUUUACCUAAAAUCGGUAUUUUUGAGGUUAAGACCUUGAAAAUAACCUAGAAAUCUAAAAAAUAGCCUAAAGUCCGCAUUUUUUUGUGCUUUAGAGCUUGAAUAUGACCUAAAAAUCCGAAGAAUAGCCUAAAUUCCGUCUUUUUGAGUUUAAGACCUUGAAAAUGACCUAGAAAUCUCAGAAACAGCCUAAAAUCCGUACUUUCAAGCUUGAGAUGUUUAAAUUGCUCUAGAAGUUCAAAAAACUACCUGAAAUCCGUACUUUCAAGCUCGAAAAUAACUUAGAAAUCUGAAAAUUAGCCCAAAAUUUAUAUUUUUGAGCCUGAGAGCUUAAAAAUCACCUAGAAAUCUUGAAAUUUACCUAAAAUCUGUAUUUUUGUGCUUGAGAGCUUGAAAAUGGCCUAGAAAUCUGAAAAAUAGCUUAAAUUCUGUAUUUUUGAGCCUGAUGGAUUUAAAAUAACUUGGAAUUUCGACAUUUUCUCUAGAAUCCUCUAAAAUUAACAAGAAUUCGAAAAAUUCCAAAUUUCUCAUCCAAAAAUCAAUAAAUGUAUAUUUGCAGGGAACAGCCUACACAUUCUUCACACCACAAAACGCCGCCAAAGCGCGCGAUCUCUUGAAAAUCCUCGACGAGGCCAAGCAACAAGUUCCACAACAAUUGCGCGAUAUGGCAGCACGUGGAGGAGGCUACGGUGGAGGCGGACGUGGCGGAGGCCGUGGAUACGGAGGCGGAGCGAAACGUGGAUAUGGCGGAGGUGGCGACAAUUUUGCACCAAAACGACCAAGAUAUGAUCAUAGUGGAUUUGGUGCCACACACAAUGGUGGAUCCAGAUGGUGA